AUGAGCACAGCAAUUGUAGAUUUACAAGAAUUUAAGGAUGAAAAAACUAAAUUUAUAUUAAAAGAAUUGGCAAUCCUGAAAAAUGAAAUUAAAGAAUCAUUAGACCAUCCAUCGGAAUUUGAUGGAGCCAUUGAAAUAUUUUUGAAGAAAAAUAGCUUAGAGGAAUAUUUACGUGAUGGAUUAAUUGUAUGCAUAACCUAUGGAGGGGUUACAGCAUUAAAAUGUCUUAUUAAUAAGAAAGAACCGAGUAUUUUUGCUGAUGACGACGUCGAAGAUCCUGAUUUUGAUCCAGAUGAAAUUUCUCGUUCCAACAUUGUAACCGAUGGCUUUGGUACAGACUCGCCAGCUGAUAAUUUAUCCGAUAACGUCAUAAAUUCACCUAGGCCAGAAACGAGCAGAAGACGGACUGCUGGUGAGAUUAUGCGGCUUACUCCGCAAGAAAUAAAUGAUAUAGAUAGAGAAAAUGGCUGGAGUCAGGAAAUACUACCACUGUCACGCCAACCUUAUAACAGCACCCCAACACUUCAUAUUCAAGGCGAACAAUCUGUUGUAUCCAUUUAUCGACGUAUAUUGACCAAUGAAGUAUUAGAUCUUAUGGUCACUCAAACAAAUCUAUACGCUUCUCAACUGAAACAGAACGUCAAUAUGUCAGUUCAUAGCCGCAUGACCCGGUGGACAGACGUAACACGCGAAGAAAUGAUGAAAUUUAUUGCCUUGUAUAUGCUUAUGGGUAUUGUGAAAUUUCCGACGUUUGAAUCAUAUUGGAAACUAGACGCGAUUUACUAUCAUCCAAUAUUUCAUAACGUAAACAUAUCGUAUAAUCGCUUCUCAUCAAUAUUACGCUGCUGGCACUUUGUUGAUAAUGAAGCUCCAAGGGAUCGAAACGAACGUCUGUAUAAAAUAAAACCACUUUUGGACCUUGUUAUCAACAACUGGAAGAGCUUACUAACACCUGAUGAAUGUAUUGUCAUUGACGAGUCGAUGAUGCCGUUUAGAGGGAGGAUAUCUUUCCGUCAAUACAACCCAUCAAAAGCUCAUAAAUACGGCUUGAAAAUCUAUAAACUCUGCACAGAAGAGGGUUUUGUCUGGAACUAUAAUAUUUACAUUGGUCGCGACCCCGAGAUUGCUGAUUUGGAUAAGCCAGGUAGUGUCGUAGUUCAGUUAUGUGAUGGUCUUCUAGAAGCUGGUCGGAUAAUUGUGUGUGACAACUAUUACAAUUCCGUAGGAUUAGCAAAAUAUUUACAGCAGCGUAAGACAGACUUAUGCGGCACUCUACGGGUAAAUAGAAAAGAACUUCCAUGGGCAAUAAGAUCGAAAAAAAUGGGCCCUAAAAAAGGUGAAGUAAUUGCUCGUCAGAAGGACAAUAUAACACUGGUGAAAUGGAGAGACAAACGUGACGUUGUUAUGAUUUCUACAUGCCAUGACGCUAGUAUGCAAAUGUCUGCAGGUUAUAAACGGAAAUUGAAGCCAGAAGUCGUGCUCUAUUACAAUGAGCGAAAAAAGGGCAUAGAUGUAUCUGAUCAACUUUCAAGUUACUAUGACCCUAAAAGAAAGUCUCUGGCAUGGUACAAAAAGAUAGCUUUAGAUGUUUUGAUUUGUGCAUCAGUAACAAACGCUACGCUUUUGUAUCAAAAACUACAUUCUACUACUAAUAGAAGAGAUCGCAAAACCGUACUACAGACGCAACAAGAAAUUAUUAGGGAGUUCUUGCAAUUGAACAAUGCAUCCGAUGUGAGUGCAAAUUCAUUGACCAAUAGCCCAGGACCGUCUACUAGCUCAAUUGCAAAUCAACACUUUCUGACGAAAAUUCCGCGGAAAGAGGACAAUAAAAUUGUCCGAAAACGAUGCCAUGGAUGCUACGAAGACUUGCGUAAAGAAGGCACAAACUGGCAAAUAGCUGCAAAAAGAGCAUACCGUGGUGCUGAUUGUGUCAAGUGGUUUGUUCUUGAACUGGAAGAAGUAGCGUACUCAUUAGAGCAAAAAAUAAAACACGUUGAACUAAUGUGUCCGCUCACCGUCGAACAAGAACUGGAUUUUAUGUCAGCAGAGAAGUGUCACAUUUGUGGUAAAGAUUUCGUAUCCAAUUCCAUACGUGUUCGCGACCAUUCACAUCGCACAGAGGGAGAUGAAAUACCGGGUUAUGUUGAGGAAGACAAUAUUGAUACAUUAUGUGAACGUCAUGCAAUAAAAGAUGAAAUCAAUGUCGCCGUCUAA